UAGGUAGUCGUGGCUCUCUUACGGCAGUACUUGGAUACACGUAAAGAAGAGCUCGUUCUUCAAGGUCGGCGGGCACGCGCGAGAACUCCUACUCUAGCGGUGGGGGUAUCGGAUCAGUGAUAUGACCUUAGUGGGACUGAAGCAAGAGAACCCGAACGUACUGCCCAUCAUGCUGAGCGUGCAGCAGCAGCAUCAUCAUCACCAUGGUCUUCAUGUAUCUACCGCAGGCUCUGUGCAAAACCAUCGUGGCAAUGUAAUUGUCUCAACUAGCAGUAUGCCAAAUAACGAUAUAAAAGGCUUACAACAGCACGCUUGUAAACGGUCAAAAAUGUACGGACAAACAACAGGACCUUAUGGAGCUGUUCCUCAUCAGCCGGCUUCGGUGGCAAGACGAAAUGCGCGCGAAAGGAAUCGCGUAAAACAGGUGAAUAAUGGAUUCGCUACUUUAAGACAGCAUAUACCUCAGAGUGUCGCUCAAGCAUUGGGUGGAAGCACGACUGGGACUCAUGGUGGUUCUAGAGCAGGUAGCAAGAAGUUGUCCAAAGUUGAGACACUUAGGAUGGCAGUAGAAUACAUCAGAAGUCUACAACGUCUUUUAGAGGAACAUGACAACGGUUCGGACAUUUCUUCUUCGACUGUAUCCGCGUCAUCAACCACCUCAUCAACGUCACCUGCCGCGUGUAGUCCUACCGGUGGACUCGGUACAGACUCCAAUCAUCGUGCAUCCGAACUCAGACUAUGUGGUAACGACGUGCGACAUCACACUAGCCCUCAUCAUACCUCAGAUCUUCACAGACAUCAACAUAUUAGACAAAAUCCCAGCCCAACUUUUGUACCAGCACCCUGUUCAGAAGCUUCGAGUUCUCCCACGCCGAGUUUCGUCUCGGAAACAUCAUCAGCCGGUAGUCAAGGUUAUGGAACGUCUUCGGGUAAUCUUUAUGCUUCUCACCCCGACGAUUACGAUUACAACGAGCCGAUGAGGCCCGAGGACGAAGAUCUUCUUGAUGUCAUCUUCUGUUGGCAGCAGAGUUAAUGAGACAACAAACGAUUUCCCGAUGAUACUUCCGUAUAGUCCUCGAGAAAAAAACAGGAAUGCAUAAUUAAUCGGAAGAUUUUAUCAGGCAGUAGAAUCGCAAUGUACAAUACAGAAGAUGACAAACGGCGGCUGUUUCAAUAACUGUG